AUGUCCGGCAAUUACCCUCCCAUCCAAUUUGGUGGUAACGGCCCUCAUCCUAGAGCUCACUCUCGUACCCAAGCCUUCCCACAUCAACCUAACGCUGGCGUUGGAAACCAAUCUCAACGGCCUCUCUCCGCUAAUCAAGCAGGUCAUAACCAUCAACAAAACUGGAACGGUCAUCAAGCUGAUGAAAAGCUGAACUGGAGCGAGAUCGAUGAUCCUGUCGAGGCAAGACUUACCUCGAGCUUGUCCCAAGAAAAAUCACGAUUGCCAUCUGACACAGGCCUUCCUGUUCCUCCUUCCUUGUCAACCAAUAACGGUGCACAAGGCGAGAUCCAUCGAUCAAUCGAUGCUAAUGACGAUGGUGGAUGGGUGUCUGGAUACAAGGAGGCCAUAUCAUCACCUCCUUCCCAACCAUUCCACCAAGUCAAUAUGUCUCAACCUGAUUCGACCUUCUCAACCAACAGAGGAUCAUCAAUGUCAUUUUCCUCUCAAUUCGAUUCUCACACAAUUAUUCCAUCCGACUCACAAAAUGUUUCUCAGAUAAACCCCCAAUCAAACAGCGAUGCAAAUGAACAUUCUCCUCCUUUCCCUUCCAGACCGUAUGAACAAUCGGACACUCACCGAGAGAAAGAUGUCGGGAAAGCUCGUCAGAGGCCUCUACCUAUACAAUUGGGUGACUCUCGCAGCUUUCAGAGAGCAUUUUCAAGUGUUAUCCACAAUCAAGCUCGAAACUCUGAAUUACCGACUCAAGCUCGUACUUCUGCUCAUACCAUUUCACCCAAUCAUGGUCCUCUUCGAUCAGAAGAGGUCAGUUCUUUUCAAGCUCCUACAUAUACCGGUCCAAUCGUUGGCGGUCCCCGAAAUCAAGCUGCUGUUUUGAUUGAUGCCAAUAGAAUCCCUGUUGCGCAUACCAAGCAAUGGGGCAACCAAGCUAACCCCCAUCCAGAAGGUCAAUUUAACCCGCCCGUGGAACACGUUAAUGCUGUCUCUCAUCAUCGACAAGCUCCGAUGUGGAGUGACAUUGGCAGUCCUUCUCAGGCUGCCUGGGAUCAAGAUCUCCAUGUCGAGCGCUGGGUGAAUUCUGUUGAUCCUUCAGCACCUAGCGAUCCCAUAGCUUCUCAGAUUCUAUCUGCCCCUCACUCACCUCAUGUAAACUUUUCCGAAGGCAAUAAUACAACAACGCGACCGGGCAGUGCAGGAAAGCUGUCAGAUCCUGAAAAGUCCAACAAUGAACACGGAGAAGCCACACCUCCUCUUUCCCCAAAUCGUUCCCCCUCUCCGCCCCAGCAGAGUGAAGUCAACGACCCUGCAUCCUUUUCUACCAGAAUCAAGGUAGAGAAGGCUCCGAACAUUCUGACAGUGGACGCUAAAGGGAAUAAACUCCCAUCGAGUCCUACGAGCGAGCCUCAACAACCAAGAGCUCUUGGUCAAAGGACCAGCAAAGACAAGUCCUGGGAUACUCGUCGAUCACACUGGUGGAAGAGACCUCCGCAUCCGAUGUACAGCCCCUCAUUAGCCUCUCAAAGGAUAUACAUAAAAUUUCCUUGUUCUAUUCGCAUAGAGCACGUGAAGCCAACUUUGACCGAUCACUUCUCGAAAUAUGGCGAAAUCAGGGCAGUAUAUCACUUCGAAGCCGUCGGCAAUUCUUGCGAGAAGGGCGUAGUGAUCUUCCAAGAGGCACAUAGCGUAGUUACAGUCCUCAGGGAUCCCAAUUCACGUCAAUGCACUUUUCAAGCAACGCCUAGAGCUGCCCCAACCUUCCUUGAAUUGGACAUCAAGCCUUCUUCGGCUCUCAACCUGAGCCGAACUGUUUUGAUCCGCAUGACUGGGCCUCGAGUUGAUGAUCAAUCAGGCUCAGCGUCCCCUGCCAUUGACCCACGUUACCAGCCACAAACAUUGACCUCUGUUGAAAGUGGCGACCGUCUCUUUCCGAAUCACACGGCGACGCUGCCAGCUUCUCUUCUGCUGGAUGCUGUACCCCGCUUCGCUAGAGGCGGCUUGAAGCUGGUAUGGUCGGCUAAGAUCCGAUCACCCAAUUCCAGACAACACGACGCUUAUGUGAGAAAGGUAAAGGCAGAGACAGGUCAAGAACCCAAAUUCAUUGGGGAGAUCGAUCUUAGUAGGAGGUUCCCGGAGAAGGAUAUCAUACCUCGAUUGUGUGACUACUUUGUCGAAGUGUGCGAAAUAUAUCCUCCGACAUUGAAAGGCCAAGGCUGGCGGGUGACAGUCAGUGGAUUUAUUGAUGCUCGAAACUUGAUGAGCGAGCUGCAAAAGAUCCCUGGCUUCUUCGUUCGUUGGGCUGAUGAGGCCGAUGGUGUUUAUCCGAUUGAAGGUCCUGAAGUUGCCCCUUCCACUGUCGCGGAUGAGUUCAUCUCUCCCAUCCGACGCAUGCACAACGAUAUGAAGGGUCUGUCAUCAAAGCAUACUCUCCAACACCAACAUAAUAUGGCCGAUACCAGCUUUCCCACCCGAAUCGAGACUUCCAUUGAGACUUUACCAUCGCACGUUGCUGAAGACAAGGACACAGUGCUUGGAAACUCAGGUCCUACCCCAAACUCUCACACUCCAAUCCCAAAUCAACAGUAUGGCUAUGCGCCCAGCGGUUACAGUCCAAAUCACCCACACCUUCGACGAUCGUUGGUUCAUACUUACAAAGGUCGACCUCUUAUAGAAGAUAUAACCUCAAGCGAACCUAAGUAUAUCGACGAACGAGCAGUCUUUGUAGGCAAACUAGUCAAGACCUCUGAAACAGGAUCAACACUCUUCAAUAGAUUUGAAAAGUAUGGAAAGAUUGCAACGAUUGAGUACAACCCACAAGCGAGUCCUUCCGUCUAUACGACAGCAAGGAUCCUCUACCAAGAUAAGGAUUCUGCAGACCGAGCGAUUGCCCACGAGAACAACCAAAUCUCAUUUGGGUCAGCACUUAUGGUAGCAGUCCGAAGAGUCCUCCCAAUGGACGUACAUACUAAGGAAUUGUACAUUGACGAUAAUGGACGAGCUGUUAGCCCUUCGAUGGUAUCCCAAUAUAGUCCCACGAUCACUUCUCAACCCCCGCCCUCAACGCUUCCAAAUAUCCCUCCUGCUCCUCCACCAAAUCCUCACCCGGGCAUGCAUCCGAUGUAUCCUUCAUUGGCGCAUCAACCUUUCGGCUUAUGGUACCACCCUCCACCUUGGAUGCCCACUCCGUACAGCCUCCAAUCAUUUCCUCAGCAUCCUCAACCAGGAGUGACCACUCCUCACCCUCAGACGACAUCGGUUCCUACUGGUCCCAUUGGUCUUGAUCAAAUGGUUUGCUCAGCUUCUCAAAUACCUUUGCCAAUGCUAUGCGCUGCUUGGGGUAUCAGCUACCUGCCUCCAGGCACUGCACCCAUGGGCUUUUAUCCUCACCCUGCCUAUCAUACAAAUGCUCCAGCAGCUGCCGAUGAUAAUACUGUUCCAGUCGGCGCGACCGGGAACCUUACACCUCCUCGAACUCCAGUACCGCUACCUACGGAGAUACCUGAUCUAGACUCUCCGCCUUCAUUCGAUAUCCCGGAUGGGCUGUCAUCACGAAGCAAGCUCAAACCAAUUGGAUUCAAAAAUGAAGAAGGAAUGCUCAGACCCGUUUAUGAUCCAGAAGAUCUCAGAGAGUAUUGCAACGAAUACAACAUCACUUUACCAGAGACAUCUAGCUCUUCAUCCAAGAUCAAGCAAGAACAAGUAACCUUACUUCCCAUCCAGAGUGGAGGACAUGAUCCAGUGCAGAAACAGGAUAUCUUUGUGGAUACACACGAAGUUCGUUCAGCAGAGCCACGGGAAGCUAUCAACAUGACUAUUGAGCGACACUUAGAUAAUGCUAUCGAGAAAUCGAUGGGUGUGGCGAGCUCAGUACCACUCUUUACGGAGGCAAGAACGGUGCCCGCACGUAUUCCGUUCAGUCCUGCUGAGCGAUACCAAGAACUCCCUAUGCCAACCGAAGACCUCAAUCCUCAACACACAAUCCGUCCGUGGUCUCAACAAGGGCAGAUCACUUCGCCUCCGGACCCAGUUUAUCACCCCAUUCCUUACAGCCAUACAUCGAAUCUAACUGUGUUACAUGGACAUUGGCAAUCGAACAAAAAUCAACAAUCAUCAAAUGACCGAUCCACAGUGACACCACUCGUUACUAGAGCUCUGACAGCCCAAGAUCAAGAGCGAUGGAACGUCUCUUCAGUUGUCAAUGAGAACGAUAAUCCGGAGAUGCCAAGAUCUGUGCGAUAUCAAACAGGAGAUGUAGGGAUGCAAGGGAACAACCCCCAGAAUGCCAUGACUGGGGACAAACGAGGUGAGAACAGAAAUGGGCAUGUUGCAGAAAAAGGAGAGGAUGCUGGUGGGUGGUAA